UGGAAGUACUACUCAUAUUAAAAUUGAGCUUGACUUCACCAAAUACAACCUGCUCUCCCAUUUUUCCUACCAAAAUGUCAACAAUACAUCCACAAUGAAAUUUAAACAAAAACUAGCCUCAAUUUAGACCUCUGUUGCCAUGCCAAGUGAAAAAUUAGUGUUCAAAUACCUGGCAGCCAUUACGCGACUAGACCAGAUGGCUCCCACGCUGGUUCCUUUAGUUUAGUUAGGCCUUGACCUGGGAACGAUAACGUGUGAGAAAAGAUAACAAAUAAAAUUUGAUACGUCAAUCGACAAAAUUAUUUAAACAUAUUGAAACAAUUUUCAACUUUAUUUGUGAACAUUAUUCUAACCAGUUGUUUCUCUCAAAAGAAAAUACAUUGUCUUGGUCACUGAAGUCUUGAGAAAAACUGUUGGGACACACCCCUUUCAGUUGGACCAAAGUUUUUAUUAUCUUGUGAAGUUGUGUGUUAUGUUCUUGUGGAUGCGGACUCUUCGGAACUGCUUUGGUAGCUAACUUGUAAAAUUCUUUGUGAAGGGACUUUAUAAUAUUAAAUUAUCACCAGUCUUUAAUUCAGGCGUUAUGGAUGUAAACCUUUUCUGUUUACAGCCGAGUACGGAUGAAGAACACAAAACAAACAAUAUGGGUAGAUCUAAAAUAAAAACUAUGCUUGUUCUGAUAACACUGUUUACUUGUUUAACUUUAUCAACUAUUGUUGCUGUAAAUGUUGAUACUGCUGUUAAAAGAAAUCCACCUGGUUUUAAUUCACCAAGUAAGGUUUGGUGGGCUAAAGAAGUCACACCCGAUUUCCAUGUUGCUGGAAGACUAACUGAAAGACAAAUUAAAUAUGCAUCUGAAGCUGGUUUUGGAAGUAUUCUGUCAUUGUUUAUAUAUGAAACUGAUGAUUAUGGAAGUUUUGGAGGAGAGUAUCUACCAACAUCCGCAGAGGCUUGGGCCGCUGCACACAAAGCAGGUCUGCAGUAUGUUGCGCUAAUUGGUGCUAAUGAUGACUGGGGUAGUGUGGAUACUAUUCUUAAAUUUUCAGAUGUCCUUCCCAAUUUACGAAGACCUAUUUUGUUACACUGUGAUAGGGGAUACACAAUUACUUUUGUUACCUUAAUGUAUAUGGCUAAUCAAACACGUUACAACUCUAGCUAUGAACCAAAGAUUUACAGCGAAGACUUUUACAAAAUUACAGCAGCCAUGGGCUUAGACUUUACCCAUGACGAUUUGAAAGAGGUUGUUGCUAACAUCACUGGUGAGGAAAUAGUUGAAAAUCCACCAAAACAUAAUUGUCAGCCAGAAGAAUGGUUGGAUUUCUGGCUAGCUCAUCCUGUUUCUAAAAACUGGUAUGUGGCUGGACAAAUAAGACAAUGUGAUGUCAAGGCACUGGAGGCCACUGGGUUUAAAGCUGUUGUUAAUAUGAGACUUGGUUUGACACAUAAUGGUAAACCAUCCCAAGAGCCUAUCACUUUGUUGAAUAUAAAAGAAGGAAGUACAACAUAUGGUAAUGGCACUACCCCACCUAGGCAGGAUCUAAACACACUGGAAAAGAAUAAGAUCAACCGCCACCAUAGCUCAGAUUAUAUUGGUGAAAAAUCCACUAUUAAUUAUGAAAUAGAAAAUCCAUCCGAAUUUGGAGACGAUAUUGGCUACAACGAACAGUUUGAAAAAGAUAUAGUUGAAAAAUCUUCUUUGAAAUACUAUCACAUUCCAAUUUCACCAGACACUAAUUUUACUGCAGAAACGUUUCGUCAAGUAAGAGACACUUUAUUAGAGGCUGGACAAAAUGGUCCUGUGUUACUGCACUGCGGAGAUGGCAGACGUGUAGCCUACUUCGGAGUUCUAGCUGCUGCAAUACAAGAUGGCCUUGGUUUAGACUGGGCUCUCAAGAGGGUGCAGGAGUUAGGAUUUGAGGUGAGCCCAAACGCCCGACCUGAUGUCUACAAAAUGUAUUGCGAAUCUCUGAAGGAGGGAAAAACAGAUAUAAAGGAAGAGUUGUGAUAGUAAAAUUGCUGAGUAAAGACUUAAAAAUUUUAAUGCUUACGUGACAUCCCAAAUUCCUAUGUGCUCAAAGUUGUUGCUGUUUUCAAUCUAUUUUUGAUUUGUACUUGUUUAUAGAACUGACUGAUUGAUUGAGAGAAUGGAUUAUUGUUCCAGAAUUUUUCUUGAACCUGAAAAGGAAUUCAUUAAAGUUACCCAUACAAUUAAGAAAGUUUUUUGGCUAGAAAUGAUACUGUUUCUUCAAAAUUUUACUUUUUAUUUAUGUAAGGAAUUGUGUUUUAAUGAUAACUUUAAAUUGCUGAAGUUGACAAAAAGGACUAAGUUUUAAGAUAGAAGUCGCUGUUUCAAUUUUUUUGGCAAUUGUGGUUGAUAUUUACAAAUAGGUAAAUACCACAUUGAAAUUGAUUUUUGCUUAUUCCUGAAUUAUUUUAUUUGCUUUUAAAACUUAAGAUGUUAAGCUUUACUUAUUGUAUUUAGUCAUGCUAUUAAUGUAUUAUUUUUUUCAGCAUUUUGUUAUAAAAGAAAUCCAUAAAAAAAAAAUCUGAUUGGUUAAGUCUGCUUUGCAAUGCUAACACGCUCCAUUUCCCACGUGUCAGGAAACAAGUAUAACUGAUAGUAUAUCAUCACCCUCAGUCUCUUUGCAGAGUUGCUGAUCAUAUGUUUUCUGUGUUAUUAUGUCUCCCCCAGGAGACAUAUUGUUUUUGCCCUGUCCGUCCGUAUGUCACACUUCAUUUCCGAGCAAUAACUGGAGAACCAUUUGACCUAGAACCUUCAAACUUCAUAGGGUUGUAGGGCUGCUGGAGUAGACAACCCCUAUUGUUUUUGGGGUCACUCCGUCAAAGGUCAAGGUCACAGGGGCCUGAACAUUGAAAACCAUUUCCGAUCAAUAACUAGAGAACACUUGACCCAGAAUGUUGAAACUUCAUAGGAUGAUUGGUCAUGAAGAGUAGAUGACCCCUAUUGAUUUUGGGGUCACUCCGUCAAAGAUCAAGGUCACAGGGGCCUG